ACAUUGCUUUUAUCUGUGAUUUGUGUAUGUACCUCAUGCAAUAUUAUUUAUGGUUAGUGUAUUAGGCAAUGUGAAGGAGGUAAAAUAAAUUGUAAACUACCAGAAAAUAUCGUAAUUAUUAAGUGAAAUUUAGUAUACAUUGUGAUCUUUUAACUUUGUACAGAAUGGAGACGAAACCACAGAAAAUGCCCAAAGUGGCAAAGGUAAAAAAUAAAGCUCCAGCAGAAAUCCAGAUCACUGCUGAACAGCUUUUAAGAGAAGCCAAGGAACGGGACCUUGAAAUCUUACCACCUCCUCCUAAGCAGAAAAUCUCUGAUCCAGAUGAACUUGCUGAUUACCACAUCAAAAAUUUUGAGGACAGCCUUAGAAAAAAUCGCACAGUUAUUAGCAACUGGAUUAAGUAUGCACAGUGGGAGGAAAGUCAAAAAGAAGUCCCAAGGGCUCGAUCCAUUUAUGAGAGAGCAUUGGAUGUUGAUCAUCGAAACAUCACACUAUGGCUCAGAUAUACAGAGAUGGAGAUGCGGAACAGGCAGGUGAACCAUGCCCGAAAUCUGUGGGAUCGGGCUGUAACAAUUCUUCCACGUGCCAAUCAGUUCUGGUACAAAUAUACAUACAUGGAGGAAAUGCUGGGCAAUAUUGCUGGUGCACGUCAGGUGUUUGAUCGAUGGAUGGACUGGGAACCUGAUGAACAGGCAUGGCUCACAUAUAUAAAAUUUGAGUUACGUUACAAAGAAAUUGAUAGAACAAGAGGAAUUUAUGAGAAGUUUGUGUAUGUACAUCCAGGAGUUCGAAAUUGGAUCAAAUUUGCAAGGUUUGAAGAACAACAUGGAUUUAUCUCAGGUGCACGGCGUGUAUUUGAAAGAGCAGUUGAAUUCUUUGGAGAGGAGUCAAUGGAUGAGAAAUUAUUUAUAGCAUUUGCAAAGUUUGAAGAGGGGCAAAGAGAGCAUGAUCGAGCCAGGGUAAUCUACAAGUAUGCGUUAGAUCACAUCCCCAAAGAUCAAACACAGGAAUUGUACAAAGCGUACAUAAUACAUGAAAAAAAAUAUGGUGACCGAACAGGAAUAGAAGAUGUUAUAGUUAGCAAGAGGAAAUUUCAGUAUGAAGAGGAGGUGAAAGUUAACCCAAAUAAUUAUGAUGCUUGGUUUGACUAUCUCCGUCUCGUGGAAAGUGAGGGUAACCUUGAAGUAAUCCGUGAGAUGUAUGAGAGGGCUAUUGCUAAUGUUCCUCCAACCAAAGAGAAACCAUUCUGGCGCCGCUACAUAUACCUGUGGAUCAAUUAUGCUCUCUUUGAAGAGCUGGAGGCAGAUAAUGUUGAAAGGACUCGGCAGGUGUACAGAGCUUGUCUUGAGUUACUUCCACACAAGCACUUUACCUUCACCAAGAUCUGGUUGCUCUACGCCAACUUUGAGAUCAGGAACAAGAAUCUGACUGUUGCCAGGAAGAGUCUGGGUAUGGCUCUUGGAAUAUGUCCGAAAGACAAGCUGUUUAGAGGUUACAUAGACCUCGAAAUUCAGCUACGAGAAUUUGAUCGUUGCCGUAUCCUAUAUCAAAAGUUUCUUGAAUUUGGUUCAGAAAACUGUGUCACGUGGAUGAGGUUUGCAGAGCUGGAGACACUGCUAGGAGACAUUGAUCGAGCAAGAGCCAUCUAUGAACUGGCAGUUAACCAGCCACGCUUGGACAUGCCUGAGUUGUUGUGGAAGGCUUAUAUUGACUUUGAAGUUGGAUUGAGUGAAACACAAAAAGCUAGAGAAUUGUAUGAGAGAUUGCUGGAGAGAACAUUACAUGUCAAGGUCUGGAUGAGCUAUGCACAGUUUGAAAUGUUAACUGCAGAGGAAGGAAAUGUGGUUCUUGCAAGGCGAGUGUAUGAACGAGCAAACCAGUCUUUGCGUGGUGCUAAUGAGAAAGAAGAGCGUGUACUACUCUUGGAAGCAUGGCGGGAUUUUGAGACCCAGAAUGGUGAUGAUGAAUCUCUGGAAAAUGUAAUGCGGAGAAUGCCCCGAAGAGUCAGGAAGAGACAAAAAGUUCAGGCUGAUGAUGGGAGUGAAGAAGGUUGGGAAGAGUUCUUUGAUUACAUAUUUCCAGAGGAUGAGGCUACAAAACCAAACCUUAAACUUUUGGAGAUGGCUAAAGCAUGGAAAAAGCAACAACAGAAAGUUCAGGAGGAAAGUGAAGAAGAAGAUUUCAGACAUGUGAUGACAACACUGCAAGGACUUUCAGAAUAUUAUACAGAGCAGUAUUUCCAGGCAUGGCAGUUACAGAAUAUGUGUAUGAAGUAAGGAGCACUUUAAAGAUGACCACAUUCAGUAAAGGUGCUGUCCCAACCUUGCAGAAGAUGCGCAAACUGCACACAGUGGUAGAUUCUACAUCAUGGAGAAGUUUGGACAAAGCGUAGCAUAGAAUUUCUGACAAGUUCUCAUCACUCAGUUGGUUGGGUGAGAAGUCUUCUUUCCAUUCCUCAGUCAGAACCACACUUGAAUUAGAGGCAGCUACAACACCAAAACAAACUAACAUGUUACAGAGGGUACAAGUACACCACAUCUAAAUUGACAAGCUUAGUAAGGUCUCAUGAUAAGGUUAGAACCAACACUUAAAAUACGAACAAUUAUUAUAAAGGAACUGCAGCUAUCUCUUGCAAAUUGUUUUAUAAGAUAUGUCCUUCAGAGUUUCUCACCGAGUCAAACUUCAAAAUUAAAGUAAGGUGAUGCCAAUAAUUGACAGGCAUCACCAAGGCUAAAAUAUGUGGCACUAAGUCUUUGCAUAUGUGCAAUAAGCAAUUCUGGAAGUGUAUAUAUCAUGUUGGAAAGGGUGCAGCAGAACCAUAAAGUCGACAUUUUGUGUAUAAUUGCAUGUAUGUUUUCAGAAUGCCUGUAAGAUGAUGGUAUAAACUGAAUUUUAAAAAAUUGCAGUGAAUUCAUAGGCUGCCCACAAGACACAACUAUCAGAAGAAAUAUUUACAUAAAAUUUAAGAGUACUAUACUCUGCAAAAAUGAUGAAGUAGUGGACAGAAACCACAUUCCCAGAUAUAAAGUUGAGAGUCAAAUCAUUGUGAAGUAUUGGGGGUCAAAACUGAAAAUGAUUUAAUUUACAGUGAUAUUGUUAGGAUUCAUUGGCAACAACAGAAAAAAUAUUUAUACAGCAUGAAUCCCAGGCUCAUGGACAACUAAUAUGUUUACAGUUUUGUUCAUGGUUUACAAUUGUAAGAAUGUCAUGAACAAGAAAUAAAAAUGUACUUCCCUGAAAAA